GACUUGCAAGCUAUGGUGACUGAUAGGUUUUUUGUGGACUCUCGAUAUGCCAGAAGUAGUAAAGGCAAGAAUGUUGUUCCCAUAAUUCUAGAUAAUGAAUUUUGGGAUAACAUGGGUUACGUUUCCAAAAUUGUGGCUCCUUUGAUGCGUUUGUUGCGAAUUGUGGACUCAGAUGAGAGACCUGCAAUAGGAUACGUGUAUGAUGGCAUGUACAGAGCCAAAAAAGCGAUCAAGAAGUUCUUUAAAAAGAGAAAGACAUUGUACAAGCCUUAUACCGAAAUUAUUAAGCAGCGGUGGGAUUUGCUUUUGCGUCGCGACAUUCAUGCUGCUGCUUAUUAUUUGAAUCCGGCUUUUCAGUAUGACCGUGCAAGUUUCUGCAGGAAACCAGAGGUUAUGCGUGGUUUCCUUGAUGUUGUCGAUAAUAAAGCAAGUGCAUUCAAGUUGAACAAGACAAGAGUAGUGGACGAAAGUAGAAUAUAUCGAGAUCGCGAGGAAAGCUUUUCUCGUGAGCUUGCCUUUCAAACUUGCAGAACCACACGACCUGAUGAAUGGUGGAGGACAUAUGGGUAUAGUACUCCACAGUUACAAGAGUUUGCAAUUAAGAUUCUGAGCCAAACUUCAACCUCUUCGGGAUGUGAGCGAAAUUGGAGUGUUUUCGAACGUAUCCAUACAAAAAGAAGGAAUAGAUUGGAGCAUCAACGGUUGAAUGAUUUGGUUUUUAUCCAUUAUAACUUGCGUUUGAAAAAUAGGAUGUGUUACAAGAAAAGCAGUUGUGAUCCUAUCGAUUAUGAAAGCAUUGAUAGAACAGAAUUUUGGAUUGCUGAUGAUGAACAGGAGGGUGAUGACUUCAAUUUAGAUGAAUUGGAGCAAGCACUUUACGAAGAAGGAUCUAUUCCUGUCGGUGUUGAUGGCCAACCCUAUUAUGAUUCAGCAGGUGGUUCACAAGUUGAUGGUGAUGAUAAUGAUGAUGACUCGGAUGAUGAUGUGGAUAAUCAAUUUAGGAUGGGUUGACCCGUUGAAGAAUCUGUUUGGUUUCUCCUUUUUCCCUUCACUUACCGUGAGCUUCUAUUGAAUUUUUUUGUGGUUGGGUUGGUGGAAUGGAUUGAUAUUAUGUAAUUUUAUAUGUUGGUUGGUGGAUUGGUAGGUAUUUUGAUAUUUUGUAAUUUUGAUGGUUGGCCGUUGGUGGAUUCAUAUUUGAUAAUUGAUGAUAUUACUUUGUAAUGACUUUAAGUCUUUAAUGUUGUUUGAAACUUUAGAGUUUAGACUUUAGACUUGAGGAUUGAAUUUGUAAACUUUAACUAUCAAACUUUGAUGGUUUUAUUAUUGUUGUAGCCUAGGGUUGG